AUGGGAGAAGGGCCUGAGAGAGGCAGAGUUAAGAUUGCAGACAUGGGGUUUGCCAGAUUGUUUAAUGCUCCUCUAAAACCAUUGGCUGACCUGGAUCCUGUUGUAGUAACUUUCUGGUAUAGAGCUCCUGAACUGCUGCUGGGUGCAAGACAUUAUACCAAAGCUAUUGAUAUAUGGGCCAUAGGCUGCAUAUUUGCUGAGCUGUUGACUUCUGAGCCUAUAUUUCACUGUCGUCAGGAGGAUAUUAAGACCAGCAAUCCAUAUCACCAUGAUCAGCUAGAUAGAAUAUUCAAUGUCAUGGGAUUCCCACAAGAGAAAGAUUGGGAAGACAUUAGAAAAAUGCCUGAACAUGCCACAUUAGUGAAGGACUUCAAGAGAUCGAAUUAUCAAAAUUGCUCUCUGAGUAAAUACAUGGACAGGCAUAAGAUAAAACCUGAUAGUAAAGCCUUUAGUUUACUGCAGCGACUUCUUUUAAUGGAUCCUAAUAGAAGAAUAACAUCAGAACAGGCUAUGCAAGACCCAUAUUUCACUGAAGACCCUUUGCCAACGCAGGAUGUUUUCGCUGGAUGUCCCAUUCCUUACCCGAAGAGAGAAUUCUUGACCGAUGACGAUCAAGAUGAUAAAAGUGACUCGAAGGCUCGACAAAAUCAACAACAACAACAACAACAACAACAACAGCAGCAGCAAAACAACACACAACAAAAUCAAGUUCAAGCUAACAGUCACGACCAUGUUGCAAAUAAUGCGAAGAGGAUGAGAAUGACAGGUCCCAACCAAGGCAACAACACUGGUGGUGGCGGGCAACAGGAAUUCCAUCAACAACAACAAAUGAUGUUCGGCGGCCAACAACAGGGUGCGAGCAAUCAACAACAAGGAAACUUUCAACAGAGAUUUUGA